AUGAUAAUCCACCCUCCCCUACCAAAGCUCACAAUUUACCCUCCCUUACCACCCUCUCCAUUAUUACACUCUCCCUUGCCAUCAUCCACACCACCACCGCCGCCGCCGCCACCGCCAACAAUCCUCCCCAGGCCAAAAUCCAAACCCCAACUACACACCCACCUCCACCACCAAACUUACAACUCCCUCCUCUCACUCCCGCUGGCUUUCUCCCUCUCCCUACCCUCAACUCUCCUCAGCCCCUCCAACCUGAGGACCGCACCCCUCGAACUCAACCUCUACUUCCCCCACAACAGAUCCUGCACCCUCCUCCGAGAUCUGGACGACUUCUUCACCCUCAAGAAUGGCUGUGGCUGGGUACCGCCAGAUGAGGGGCAAUCUGCCGCAGAACAGGAAGCGGAGAGAAUUGACAGGCUGAAGGAGUUGCUGUUUCAAUGGGAGAGAAUCAUCCCGCUACACGGCCCCCAAGAUCAAGCGGGCAUUGAUGAAGAAGGAUGGAAGGAGUGGUGGGAGGAGUGGGUGCACUGGUCACAAAGAAAAGUGGACGAAGAGGACGAGACGGAUGAGGAGGAUGUGCCCGCGCAUGGAAAGGAUGCCGUGGACGACGACACAGAUGACGAGGACACACCCUUUGUGCCCGAUCACCGAAGGACAAUAGCAAUCGACGGGAAGCAGACUGUGAUCAUCGGGAUAGACCCAUCUGAUAGACCUGCCGGAGUACCCCCUCCAUCCGAACAAGAACGGCGAAAGCAGAUCGACGCCAUCAAUAAAGCCAGACUGCGCACCAUACGCGGUAGGAAUCACCACCAUCGAUUCAAAACUUCCGAGCUGGAGUCACUUCUCCAGCAGUUUCUAGGCCAAGUGUUACAGAAGGAGAUGGGGGCGAGGUUAGCAGGGGCGAGGAGUGAUAACACCUCUUUGGAGCAUUUUCUGAGACGGAGGGAAGGAGACUGUGGUGGGCGUUAA